GGCAGGGCUGGGGCGGCUCCGCGGGCUGCCCGCCUCAGGGCUCCGGCACGGCCUGAGGGGCUCCGGCACGGCCGCGGGACCCCCGCCCUGCCCGCACCGGUGCCACAGCUCCUGUCCAGCGAGCCCCGGCGCUCCCGCGGACCUCGGGCGAGCAGAAGCCCUCCGGAUCCCGCUUCACCCCCGUCCCCAGCAUGCGGACGCCGGCGGAGAUGAUCGUGGGGCUGGUGCUGUGCCCCUGCGGGCUCCUGCUGACACUCACGGGCACGCUGGCACCCAGCUGGAGGCAGGUGAGCCUCAUACCUGACCAGCCCAUGGACGUCAUUUGGGAGCAGGGCAUCUGGGACAUAUGCAGGGAGCGGCAGAGCACCCACGACCGCCUCUGCGGGCAGGCCGACGAGCUGGGCUACUUUGAGCAGGUGCCCGUGCGGGUGGCCCAAGGGUUGAUGCCCUCCUCGCUCGUGGUCACCCUGGUGGGCUUGGUGGUGGCUGCCCUGGGUGUUCGCUGCUGGCAGCCCGAGCCCCGGCACCUGGUGGCCGGCGUGGCAGGGCUGGUGCUGCUCCUCUCCGGGCUGAUGAGCCUCGUGCCCAGCUCCUGGUACACCCAGGAGCUGUGGGCACUGCCUGCCCCGCCUGGCAGCACGCUGACCGUAGGCUACAGCUUGGUGCUGAGCUAUUUGGGAAGCUGUCUGGAAAUCCUGGGGGGGCUGGCCCUCGCCCUCAGCUUCCAUCACUGCUGCAAGAAGCGCAGAGCUCCCAAAUUGCCCCCCACCCCUGUGACAGAGGCUGGCUCGGGCUUCAGUAGAGCUUACAACAAUCCCUGGGACGUGCUGGAGGAUGAGAAAGAUGGACAGCGCUGGGGGAGAAGCCCACCUUGUGACUCUGACUUGUAGCCCCAGCACUCAGACAGCAGUCAGCUCCCUGGCAUCAAGAGCAGUGCUGGCCCCUGCCCCUACAAGCCAUGCCCUUCUCCUGGGGCCCCUCUAAACCCCUCUGGGUUCUCUCUUGCUGGAAACGAGACCAAGGACCUGUUUUGAAUAUUUGCAACUUCCUCAAAAGUCUGCUGUGCUCCAGGAUCUACAACUGUGCCAAAGCCAUGCUGGAUUGGGAACCAGAGGUAGCUCCAGUCCCUUUGUGCUGCUUUUACCUCAUCUUCCUGUACCAUGCACAGCAGCUUGGGCAGAGACAGCUUUGGUGUUCCCAUGUAAACAACAUACAGGUCAGAAGUGUGUAACCUUUAGAGCGGGCAGUAGGGGAGGGGAGCACCUGUCUCACAUCUCUGCCCAGCUCAGGACUGUGCAAAAAGCAAAAUAAAUUCAAAGCAAUGG